ACACCGCUCGCCGCUCGGUUACAAUUUACUACUAUUUCGUUGGCCAAACAACAGUAAAAAAGAGUCCACGACUUUCAUGCUACAAUCAACUAAGUUUGAUCGAGUAUUCUCCUUCAUUUCACUCUCCUUCAACCACUUCUCUGGAACUUUCACAGACCUUCUUUGACUCCAUUCCUCCUUUAACUCUCAAUUAAUACCGUCAACUUGCCAUUAUCCUUCAAUUGAAUCUCCAUUGUCAAGCAAAUUAAAGCUCAAUCAUCAAGAUAUCCUAAACCUCAUCUUUUCUCUACGAAACCCAAGAUGUAUCCAAGUCUUAAUGAGAGAGAAAAACAUAGAAAACUCUUGAUUUAUCUAGGGUUUUUGUUAUUGAUAUGGGUUUCUUCAAUUGAAUCCAGAUUCGUUGUUGAAAAGAACAGUUUAAGGGUUACUUCACCUGAUGAAAUCAAGGGUACUUAUGAUAGUGCUAUUGGCAAUUUUGGGAUUCCUCAAUAUGGUGGUAGUAUGGCUGGAACUGUUAUUUAUCCUAAGGAUAAUAGGAAAGGUUGCAAAGAUUUCAGUGAUUCUGGCAUUUCCUUCAAGAAGAAGCCUGGUCAAUUACCCACCUUUGUUUUGCUCGAUCGUGGAGAUUGCUUUUUUGCUUUGAAGGUGUGGAAUUCUCAGCAAGCUGGCGCAGCUGCUGUCCUUGUUGCCGAUGAUGUUGAUGAAGCAUUGAUAACCAUGGAUACACCUGAAGAAGAUAGUGUAUCUGCAAAAUACAUUGAAAACAUUACCAUACCCUCUGCACUUAUCAAGAAGAGUUUUGGUGAAACACUGAAGAAAUCAUAUAGGAAUGGGGAAAUGGUUAAUGUGAAUCUUGAUUGGAGAGAAGCUGUUCCUCAUCCUGAUGACCGAGUAGAAUAUGAGCUAUGGACAACUAGCAAUGAUGAAUGUGGGGUCAAAUGUGAGAUGUUGAUGGGAUUUAUGAAGGAAUUUAAAGGUGCUGCUCAGAUCCUUGAAAAGGGUGGUUAUACACAAUUUACACCACAUUAUAUCACAUGGUACUGUCCUCAGGCUUUCACAAUAAGCAAACAGUGCAAAUCCCAGUGCAUCAAUCAUGGAAGAUACUGUGCUCCGGAUCCUGAGCAAGAUUUCAGUAGAGGGUAUGAAGGAAAGGAUGUGGUGAUUGAGAACUUGAGGCAAUUGUGUGUCUUUAAAGUCACAAAUGAGACAAGAAAGCCUUGGUUAUGGUGGGAUUACGUCACUGAUUUCCAGAUAAGGUGUCCCAUGAAAGAUAAGAAAUAUAACAAGGAUUGUGCUGAGGGGGUGAUUAAAUCAUUGGGACUGGAUUUGAAGAAGAUUGAGAAGUGCAUGGGAGACCUGGAAGCUGAUGAAGAUAAUCCUGUCCUUAAAGAAGAGCAGGAGGCACAGAUUGGCAAGGGAUCAAGAGGUGACGUAACCAUAUUGCCCACACUUGUUGUCAACAAUCAUCAAUACCGAGGGAAGUUGGAGAAAGGAGCUGUAUUGAAGGCUGUUUGUUCUGGUUUUGAGGAAACUACUGAACCUGCUGUGUGCUUAAGUGAUGAUGUUCAAACAAAUGAGUGUUUAGAUAACAACGGUGGAUGUUGGCAAGACAAAGCUGCUAAUGUUACUGCUUGCAAGGACACUUUCCGUGGAAGAGUAUGUGAAUGCCCCCUUGUCAACGGUGUGCAGUUUUCAGGGGAUGGCUACAGUUCAUGCAAACCAAAUGGACCUGGUAAAUGCAAGAUGAACAAUGGAGGCUGUUGGCAUGAAACUCGUCAUGGGCAGACAUUUACAGCUUGUGUGGACCAUGAGGAUACCUGUAAAUGUCCUCCAGGGUUCAAGGGUGAUGGUGUGAAUAGCUGUGAAGACAUUGAUGAAUGCAGCGAGAAAACAGCCUGUCAGUGCGCAGAAUGUAACUGUAAGAAUACAUGGGGUAGCUAUGAAUGUACAUGCAGCGGCGAUCUGUUGUAUAUGAAGGAUGUUGAUACCUGCAUAAGCAAAUCGGCCUCCCAGGCAAAGUCUACGUGGACUGCUGUAUGGCUUAGUUUCAUAGGUUUGGGUGUAGCUGCUGCUGGUGCUUAUGUCUUUUACAAGUACCGGAUCAGGCAAUACAUGGACUCGGAAAUAAGAGCUAUAAUGGCUCAAUACAUGCCACUGGACAGCCAGACAGAAAUCCCUAAUCACUCAAAUGAUGAUCAUGCAUGAGAACGAGCUCCACCGUAAAAUCUGAUAAAAGGGGGAUGAGGCUUAUUUAUUUGGGCUUUCCCUAUCAUCAUCCUGUGGAUUUGAGUGUACACCACCUGUUUGUAAAUUAUGCCCAGAUAAUAAGUUUUCCAUAGGAUUUUUUGUGUUUCCAGAUAUUUAUUUGUACUCUAACAUGUAGUCUUGUAUUAGGGGUAAGUUGCUGACUGCACUGCAUUUGACGAACAUCUAAUUUGGGCUUAUGAUUAACCUGUAUUAUACCCAUAUGGGAAUUGAUUUUACCAAGCACUAACCAAAAACAUUCAAGUAGCUUGUAAGAGAUGGACAUCUCUCGGUGAGAUGAUCUCAAAAUAAGAAAUUAAUAUUAGUAUUAUUAGGUUAUAUAAAUCAUAUAUGAGGUGCGUCUUACUGUGAGAUAAUCUCGUAUAAGAAUUUGUGAAAACUUUCUGAAUGCUCAAGUCAUUAUGAUACCCACAAAAUUUGAGUUUUUGAAUUU